AUGUUGAAGAUUCACAUGGAAGUGAGUAAAAAUCCGGGAGUGAACCUCUACCAAGGAAAAGACCAACCUAAUAAAGGUAAAGGUAAAGGAAAAGGAAAGGGGAAACCGAAAGAUGAAAAAAAGGCAGCAUGUUAUGUGUGUGGCAACGAAGAUCAUAUGUCUCCAAAGUGCCCAGACAGACUGCUACCAAAAACCCAAUGGAAGAAUCAGGAUCAAUAUGUUGACUAUGGGAAGAAGCUCAAUCUUAAUCAGAUUGGAGCAAGUGUCCCAGCUACUGUUCCAGCUAUAAUUCCUGGAGCUUCAGCAUCCACAAGUGGAGCAUCAAGUGUUGCGGAAGCGUUAACACACCUUUGCGACUUGCUGGUACUACAGUGUGAUCGGGCGUUCAUUCCGCUCACGGAUGAUAUGCUAGACUAUAUGGGUGUUACUAUUGACCCGACUGCAGCUGGAGACCAGGAGCCUACCGCUGAGCGAAACAAUAGGACGCUGAAAGAAAGAGUCAGGGUAGCUCUUGCACGAUUACCCUACAAAGUGGUCCCAAAAGCUAUCACUGAAUGUCUUGGACGUCGAGUCGCCGAGCUAUUGAAUGUCUUUCCCCAGAAAGACAGUAUCUCAUCACAUUUCAGUCCACAGCAACUCAUUGAUAAUGUCAAUAUCAACUACAAGAGUGAAAUGGUUGCUGAGCAGUUGGGAUGGAUUCUAACAAUUCGAUGGAACCCCAAAGUCAUUGUACUACCCGUUACCGAUCAAGUAAUCCAGUGUGUUGAAGCUUGGGCUGCUGCCGAAGGUGUUACUUCCAUGAAGUUCUUUGAUAAGAAGAGAGAUUUGGAGACAUUUCAAGAUGGCGAUCAAAUCGCAGGAGUGGAUGACACGGAACAAGGUUACUUAGAAGAAGCCUUUGAUCAGGACUAUGAACCUGAAGAAGAAGGUGAACGUGAUUUCAAUCUACAUGGACAAUACAAUGAUAUCGAUGACUCCAAAAGAGAAGAACUCUUGGCAGAUGCAGACAAUGAUGUCGCUGAUAUGCCAGAACUCACUGUCAGAUUCCAAGGAGAUGAUGACUAUGAAUCAGAUGACGAUUCGGGUCAUGAAGGCGAUGAAGAGGAAGAACCUAUUGUGGCCGAUUUGGAUCACCAUCAAGAAAAUGUCGAUAGAGGAACCGAUGAUAUUGGGAGCCUAGUUACUGAUCUGGAGGACCUACAAGAGCCGCCAGAAGAAGAGAUUGUAUUUGAGCCUGAAACGCCUCAAGUAGCAAAAGUCACUCGAUCUGGGCAAAUGUAUGCGCAAGCUGCAAUGUCUGGGCUGAACCUUUCUCAAGUUCCAAAGAGACCAAGAGAAUAG